UCUCGAAGCCCAAGUGAAGCUUCACCGGCUUUCCCUGGGGCACUCAGGUUGCUUAUUACAAGUACUUCUUCCUUGGACGGAAGCUACGCGUCGUGGCUGUCGCGAUCGGCAUGGCCGGGCGGAACGUCGGCGUGGCGGUGGACUUCUCGCCGUGCAGCAAGAACGCGCUGCGGUGGGCGGCGGCGAACCUGGCGGCGCCCGGCGACCGCCUCAUCCUGAUCCACGCCAAGGCCUCGUACCAGUACGAGGAGGGUGUGGCGCACCUCUGGGAACGCGACGGCUCGCCGCUGAUCCCGCUGCUGGAGCUGUCGGACCCCCGGGUGAGCAAGAUCUACGGCCUGGCGCUGGACCGGGAGACGCUGGAUAUCCUCGCGCGGGCGGCCGCCCAGCGAGGGGUCCAGGUCUUCGCCAAGGUGCUCUGGGGCGACCCGGCCAGGAAGCUCACGGAGGCGGUGCACAAGGUCCCGCUACAGUGGCUGGUCGUCGGCAACAGAGGGCUCAGCGCCGUCAAGAGGGUUCUGAUGGGGAGCGUGAGCACCUACGUGGUGAACCACGCGGCCUGCCCCAUCACCGUCGUCAGGGAGAACAUGCUGCCAUCAGCACUGACAACCAGCUACUGAUGUCCUCCCAUGGGGAUGGCACGGCAGUGUGCAGUGCAGCUGGGUUUGCCUGCUCUGCUCUAGUACGUUGAUGCCCAUGUAAACCAGGGAGUAAGAUGUCUUGCACCAUGUCACUCUUUGUAACAACAUAAUCUGUGUCAUAUAUGACUAAGAAACAGAUUGUGAAAGGGCCCUUGUGGAUAGUGUGUGGCCGUAAAGGUGUUUUCUUUGUGGUCUUUUUUGUAAAUAUAUAUAUGU